UAAACUAAUACGUAUAACUAAAAUAUAAGUAAAUGUUUAAUAGAAUUAGAACCCAUUAUUACCGUAUGAUAGUGCAUUCCCAAAUUGAAUAAUUUGAUUUUUUUAAUUAAAAAAUCAUCCGUUGAAAGGACUUAAAAUCAACUUAUUGGAGACUAUGGCGCAGGUUAUAGCAAAUGAUAAGCGUUGGUCACUUCAAGGGAAGACUGCUCUUGUCACUGGAGGUACCAAAGGCAUCGGGCAUGCUAUUGUAGAGGAACUAGUAGGACUAGGAGCAAUUGUGCAUAUAUGUUCUCGGACAAAAUCAGACAUUGAUGCGUGCUUGUUAGACUGGAAGGCUAAAGGUUUUCCUGUAACUGGCUCAGUAUGUGAUGUUUGUUCUCGGCCCCAAAGACAGAGUUUAAUGGAAACUAUAACUUCUCUCUUUCAUGGAACGUUAGACAUACUUGUUAACAACGCAGGCUACGCUACACCCACAAGUACUGUGGAUUGCACAGCAGAGCAUUUCUCAGAAAUGAUGGCAAGCAAUUUUGAAUCAGCUUACCAUCUGUCGCAACUUGCACAUCCACUCCUCAAGUCUUCCGGAGCAGGAAACAUCGUCUUCAUUUCUUCUAUAGCUAGUUUCAUGGCAUUUCAAGUUGUUUCUGUUUAUGGAGCUGCUAAAGGAGCUAUGAAUCAAUUGGCAAAGAACUUGGCAUGUGAAUGGGCAAAGGACAAUAUUAGAGUUAAUUCUGUUGCUCCCGGAGUUAUUAGAACUACUCUUGCUGAAGAGGUAUUCUUUUUUCUCCUAAAAUGUAAAUCAUGAAAUUCGUUAGUUCUAAAAAAAUUUAAUUUGUGAAUAAGAAUCAACUUAAAUAUGCCUAUUUAAUUGACCGGGCCAACCUUGAGAUUUUAGGGGCACGAGCCGCAAACUAUGUUAUUGACAAUAUAUAUAUAUAUAUAUAUAUAUA